CUGGAGCGGCAGGGGCGGUGCGGUGACUUCUCCGAGCUGCGUCAAACCAACUGGAGACAGACAACCAGACCGGAAGGGAAGCAAGGGAGUGAUGCAAUCACCUGCAAGACAUAACUGGAUGUCUUCACAAUGUACACGUAAGAAUACAUAACACUGUUUUAUGAGAAGGUGGCCAGAGUGAUGAACUCAGACCAGGAAAGGCCGUUCGUGUGCAACGCUCCUGGCUGUUCUCAGCGAUUCCCCACGGAGGACCAUCUGAUGAUACAUCGACACAAACAUGAGAUGACCCUUAAGUUCCCCUCCAUAAAGAACGACAACAUGUUAUCAGACCAGACACCCACACCCACACGCUUCUUGAAGAACUGUGAGGAGGUGGGGUUGUUCAGUGAACUGGACUGCUCAAUUGAGCAGGAGUUUUGCAAGGCCCAGGAAGAAGAGGACAGUAAACAGAACAUCUCACUGCACGGCCAGGCAGGCCAAGGCCAGCACCAGCAGUCCCACUCACGGAUGGGCAACCAUGAUACCAGCAUAGUGAUCCAGCAGGCCCUGCCCUCUCCUCAGUCCAGCUCCGUCAUCACUCAGGCUCCAUCCACCAACAGACAGAUAGGGCCUGUCCCCGGCUCUCUGUCCUCACUGCUGCACCUACGAAACAGACAGAGACAGCCUCUGCCUGCCUCCAUGCCUGGAACUCUGCCAGACCCGACCAUGCCUGGCUCUUCUGCUGUGCUGAUGCCUAUGGAGAGACAAAUGUCCAUGGGCUCCAAUAUGAUGGGUAUGCAAGGACCCACCCACAGCAGCUCCUGCUCUUCCACUCACAUUCCCUCCAUGCACUCAGAAGCCAAACUGAGGCUGAAGGCUGCACUUUCACACCACCCGAGUGCCAUCGCCAACGGCAACAUGAACUCCAUGGGCCACAUGAUGGAGAUGAUGUCAUCGCGGCAGGAGCAGGGCACCCACCAUCACAUGCACUCGCACCCGCACCAGCACCUGCAAGCCCCUCCCCACGCUUACCAGCACCACGGCCACCACCACCACAGCCAGGGCCACGGCCAGGGUGGACACCACCACCCACAGGGACACAACCCCCAUCACAACUCCCACAAUCCUCACCUCCAUCCUGGGCACCCACACCAGACCUCACCGCACCCUCCAAUGCACUCUGCUUCACAUAUGUCGCCUGCCACCCAGCAAAUGCAGCCCACGCAGACGAUGCAGUCUCCGCCACCCAGUGGCGGACGGCGCAGGCGAGUAGUGGACGAGGAUCCGGAUGAACGCCGGCGGAAGUUUCUGGAGCGGAAUAGAGCGGCAGCAACAAGAUGCAGACAGAAGAGAAAAGUCUGGGUGAUGUCAUUAGAGAAGAAAGCAGAAGAGCUCACUCAGACCAACAUGCAGCUUCAGAAUGAAGUGACCAUGCUAAAGAACGAGGUGACCCAACUCAAGCAGCUUCUCCUCACACACAAGGACUGUCCCAUCACCACUAUGCAGAAAGAGUCCCAAGGUUACCUCAGUCCAGACAGCAGUCCGGCGGGCAGUCCAGCGCCAGCAUGCUCCCAGCAGCAGGUCAUUCAGCACAACACCAUCACCACCUCCACCACAACCGUAGGGGGCAGCAGUGUGCACGGGCAAACCAAUCACCGCACAGACAUUAACCCCAUCCACUAG